AUGAACUCAAAAGAAUUUGAUGUGUUUAAUAUACAUAAACCUCAUUUAUGCUAAAGUCAUAAUCUCAAACUUUAAUUAGUGUGUUCUAAUCCAGAAUGUGAGGAAAAUGGAUUAAUUUGUAUUGAUUGCUUACUCAAAAAUCAUAAAAAUUGUAAAGAAAAUAUUUACAAAUAUGAUGAGUAUCUUACAUACAUAUAAAGUACAAUGGAAAAUGUUUAAAGCUAAAAAGAAAAAGUAAAUAUUUAUAAAAUUGGUAGAGAUUUAAAGAUGCUCAAUAAAUAUUAUAUAGUUUAGGAAAUUUAUAACCAAAACUAAAUGAACUGAUUUUAUAGAUAUAAUUUGUAAUAUUAUAUUUUUAAUUUUUUAGGAAAUUGAAACUUUUUUGUUGUAAGAGAAGAAAAAUCAUGAAAAUGAAAUAAUGAAAAAAUUAUUUUAAGCCAAUUCUAUAGAGGAAACUGAUAUCAUAAAAGAUUUAAUUCAGAAUUAAGAUAAAUAUUUUUUAAGUGAAGAAGAAUACUUAUGGGAAUCUUAAGGAAUAAAAUUAGUUUAAUCCCUUACUGAUAUUCUUAAUGAUGUUGAUAUGGAAUUUAUAAAAAAAUAAUAAAUUUUGGAUUCAUAAAAAUAUAUCAAGAUAAAAGGCAUAGAAGAUUUAAAAGACUUAACUUGUUUUAUUCCAAAACUUAGAUUAGAAUUGUAUAUAUUUGUGUAUUUCAAUUAGGUUUUAAAAUAAUUGGGAAGGAAUAAAAAGCAUAUUCCCAAAAUUUGUAGCAUUAAAUAGUUUAUAAAUUACAGCAAUAAAAUCCCCUUUAAAAGCAAAUAAUUUAGAAGAAAUAAUAAGUGCAAUACAGUAUUUACCAAAAUUAGAAAAAUUUAAAAUAAACUUAAUAGGUUCAACUGCAAACGAAUAAACAUUAAAAUUAAUUCUUAAAAUUGUAAGCCAGAAAAAAUUAACAGAAUUUGGAAUCUCCUUCGGAUACAGCUAAAUUUUAUCAGAUGAUUUUAUAAAAUAAAUUAAUCAAUUCAAAGAGUAACUAAAAGGAAUACCUAAGAUUUAUAUUAGUAAUCAACUUCAUGAAUUUACAUAAUAAUAAUAGAAAUUGCUUUAAUAAUGCUUAAGUUAAAUUGAAUUUUUUGAGUGA